AUGGACAAGGGCUUAUUUCUUAAUGGGUCCUGGGACAACAUCUCUGCCGCCUCUUCUUCCUCUUCCAUAUCCUCCUCCUCUUCCUCCUUUUCGGGACUGGAUCUUCUCUUCCACUUGAAGCCCAUCUUCAUCCCUCUUUACGCCCUGCUGGUGUUAGUAGCGUGCUGUGGCAACGUCCUCCUCCUGUUUCUUAUUGGUCGAAACAAGAAGCUCCACAGCACCACCAACCUGCUGAUCGGGAACCUGGCCCUGGCCGACCUGGUGAUGUGCCUGUUCUGCGUUCCCCUGACUGCCGCCUACGCCUUCGAGCUUCGCGGCUGGCUCUUUGGCCGCCUCAUGUGCCACUUUGUCACGCUGAUGCAGUCGGCCACCGUGUUCGUGGCGGUGCUCUCUCUCACCGCCAUUGCAGUGGACCGCUACGUGGUGGUGGCGUACCCGAUCCGCCGGCGGGUGGGGCGGCGCUUCUGUGGGGGCCUCGUGGCUGCGAUCUGGAUGGGCGCCCUGGCGCUGUCCAUGCCCACCGCCCUGCACACCGGGUACCUGGACCUGAGUGCCACAGGGCACCGCAUGACCAUCUGUGAGGAGUUCUGGCAGGGCCAGGAACAGGGCCGGCUCGUCUACUCCUGCUUUGUGCUGCUGCUGUCCUACUUUGUGCCGCUGGCGGCUGUCUCCAUCUCUUACUGCGCCAUCUCCCGCCACCUGCGGCGCCGAAGCAUGCCGGGGGCUGCGGCCACCGCCCCCUCCCACCGGGAAAAGUGGAGCCACCAGAAGCGCAGAACCUUCCGGCGGCUGCUGGUGUCGGUCCUCUGCUUCGCCUUCUCCUGGCUGCCCCUGCAGGUGGUCAACCUCAUCCGCGACCUGGACGCCGACUUCGCCAUCUUGGGCAAGAAUCACGUCAACAUAAUCCAGGUGUCCUGCCACCUGCUGGCUAUGAGCUCCGCCUGCUACAACCCCUUCAUCUAUGCCUCCCUCCAUGACAAGUUCCGGCUGUACUUAGGCCGGCACCUCCUCCCCCCACGACGCCGAGGCCACGGUAGGAGCAGCCUGAACACUUCCUACCGCCUCCCUCGUCUCCACACCUCCUGCACGCUGGCCGACGUCCCUGUGCUCAACACUGACAAGCCAGUACUGGAGGGGAACCCCUCCCUGUCCUGA